AUGGAUGCUGAUCAAGGUAAGAGAAAACGUGUCGUGGACGACGAACCUUGGAAGCUCUAUAUUCCAGUUGGUGAGCCGUUUCCUGUUACUCAUUGGUCAUCAUACACUAAUGUGGAUAUUGUAUCGGUUUUACAGUCAAUGUUGACUAAUGUCCAGCUUCGGAUAUGUGUUUUACGUUUUGGUCUUCGAGAAUUUGGUAUUGUAAGUGGUUUAACCUGUUGUGGUAAUGAACAUGUUGAGGGUAAAUUCAGUGGACCCAAUAGGUUGGUGGAUACUUAUUUUUCUGGUUUUGAAGUGGUGUCAAAGAAGUCACUUAUUGAUUGUUUUGAGAAGAAGAAAUGGCAGUCUGAUGAAGACGCAGUUAAGAUUGCAAUCAUUUAUUUCAUAAACGCAUUUCUAAUAUCCACUCAGGCUCAGAAGACAUUUAUAAGUAAACGUGAUUUUCAUCUUGUCGAGAGUGGUGAGUAUGUGUCGCUUCCAAGGGGUAAGAUUGCAUUUCGAGCUUUAAUGAAGUCGGUGAGGGACAGGUUGAAGGGAAAGUCUGAGUUUUAUAGGAUUGGUGGAUUUCCUCUUGCACUACAAGUGUGGUUCUAUGAAUGUUGCACUGUAGUUGAUCAAAAGUUUGCUAUUCGCGUUGGAUAUCAUACACCACACAUAUUGAAUUGGGAAAUGACAGACAGGCCAACGCGUGAGGACUUCUCUACUGGUUUCUUCAACAGCACUGGGAAUAAGUUUAAAAAUAUCUCUCCGACAAUUGAAGAGCUAAGGAGAUUUACUUUGCCUGUUGAAGUUACCGAUGAGUAUCAGAAAUAUUUGACAUCACGUAAAAGGGGAAAACUUUCUAUUGAUGAUAGCGAUGAUUUUGCCAUGCCACCCCCGAAACACAUUAAGGAGCCUGUCCCACCAAAAAAGGCGCCAAAAAGCGCGCCAGGUGUCCAACCUGUUGAUUAUGACCGUGAGUUGCAGAAGUUGAAAGCUGAUGUGAAGAAACUCCAUAAGCAGUUAAAUUCCUUCAUGGAUUAUAGUUCUGAUAAAUUCAAGGAGCUCUUUAAGUUGAUAAAUUCCAAGCUUGGUGCAAGCGAAGUCAAAUAUGGUGCACAUCCAGAGGAAGACACCAGUGGUCGUAAAGACAAUAAUGAUUUUGUGAGCAAUAUGGAGUUUGGUGGCAAUGAAGAUGUUCAAAUGGAUGGUUGUCAGGUCGGUGGAAGUGAAGGCAAAGAUGUUCCACAUUCUCAAAGAGAUACUAGUGUAGCAGAUCAGUUAGGUGUCAAUGCUAUGGAAGGACCUUCUGGUGUGAAAGUUGACAUGUUUGUUGCUAAAGUAAAUUUCACAGCAGAUGUAGCACAUGCUGGCGUUAUUGGUGAGAUUGCAGAUGCGGUGGCAGGGGAGACGGAGGAAGAAUCUAAGAAACAAAAGGUUCCUGAAUCCCGGACUGAUGCUGUUUGUGCGACCGCAAGUGUUGAUGCAGCGGCAGGGGAGACAGAGGAAGAAUCUGAGAAACAAAAGGUUCCUGAAUCUCGGACUAGUGCUGUUUGUGCGACUGCAAGUGUUGAUGCGGCGGCAGGGGAGACAGAGGAAGAAUCUGAGAAACAAAAGGUUCCUGAAUCUCGGACUGGUGCUAUUUGUACGACUGCAAGUAUUUAUGAGGCGGCAGAGGAGAUGGUUCUGUACAAUCGUGAAUUACUUCCUGAAGUAUCGCCGCAAAUGGAAAAAAGAAAGAGAUGUCCUGCAAAGGCCAUGCAGUCUCUGUUCAUUACUGUGUUUGAUUCAGGUUCCAGUACUGGUGUUGUUGCAGCGAAAGGAAAAAAGCAAAUUUAUGCUAUUAAGCAUCCUUUUCAAAGCAAAAUCGGAACUAGCGUUAACAGCUCUUUGUUGAAUGUAUUUGCUGUGUGGGUCAAAGAAGGGAAGUCCAGAAAGAAGAAUAAAAUUUACCCGAGACAUGUUAGUGAACUCAAUCCUGCUUAUGAUCUUGGUGUAUUUCAUGUCGAAGACAAAAAAUGUGAUUGCGGUGUAUUUGCGGCAUCAUUUGUCGAGUAUUUCAUUGAGAGCAAGACGCCUCCUAAAAAAUUCAAUGCCUAUGCACACCGGCGCAGAUUUGGUGCUCUCUUGUGGGAUUAUGCUAGAAAGAAGAUGGAACUGAACGCGCAAAGUGAUGAUGAGAUUAUUGGUUGA